AUGCCGGCAACCACCGCAGACACCUUGUCGCUGGUGACACGUACUGUCUCCGUCGCUCCAUUAGUCCUCCUCUCAGUAGCAGACCACUACGGACGGUCAGCAAAGGGAACGAGAAGGCGAGUAGUCGGCGUGCUGCUGGGCCAGAAUGAUGGCAAGAAUGUCAGAGUGUCAAACAGCUUCGCUGUGCCCUUCGAGGAGGACGACAAGGACCCGUCCGUCUGGUUCUUAGAUCACAAUUUUGUAGAGUCGAUGAAUGAUAUGUUUAAGAAGAUUAAUGCUCGUGAGAAGCUUAUAGGGUGGUACCAUUCCGGCCCUAAGCUGAGAGCGGCUGAUCUGGAGAUCAAUGAACUUUUCAAAAGAUACACUCCAAACCCCUUACUAGUCAUUAUUGACGUACAGCCAAAGGAGGUUGGCGUCCCUACCGAUGCCUACUUUGCUGUUGAGGAGAUUAAAGAUGACGGAACUACUACAUCAAAAACCUUUGUCCAUACCCCCUCCAUAAUUGAAGCAGAAGAAGCAGAAGAGAUCGGUGUCGAGCACCUCCUGAGGGAUAUAAGGGACGUUGCCGUCGGCACUCUUUCCACCCGGAUAACAUCCCAACUACAAUCGUUACAAGGCCUCCACCUACGCCUCCGCGAUAUUGGUCAAUAUCUACAAAAAGUACUCGACGGCGACCUACCCGUGAAUCACGCCAUUCUUGGAAAUCUCCAGGACGUUUUUAAUCUCUUACCAAAUCUUUCUACGCCCAAAUCUAGUGCGAACGCCCCAGUGAAUGGAACGGAGCAGUCGCAAACUGAGAACACGGAAGUUGCACGUGCAAUGAGCAUUAAGACCAACGACCAGCUUAUGGCUAUAUAUCUGAGCAGCUUGAUCAGGGCCAUCACUGCUUUCCAUGACCUUAUCGACAACAAGAUUCAGAAUCGUCAGCAGCUGGAGGAGCAGGAGGCGAAGAAGGAGGAGGAGAAGAAUGGCUCGAUGAAUAACAGUAUCAAUGGCAACAACAAUGGUAAGAAAUCCAAAUCGCCUACCGGCAACGAUUCCAAAGAGGAGCAAGACGGCUCGAAGGAAAAGGGGAAAAAGAAAGGGUGA